AAGGAAGGGAGAUCCGCAAUAGAUAAACACACGGACCCAGUGGUGCGCGGACGGGAGGCACCAGGAGGGACGCAGACACAGGCAGUGACACGAGGGGACGUCUCUGUCCCCCGCCGCGCUAAUCCCCUGCUUCCCAUUGAAUACAUUUUACUUUUUGGGGUGUAGGGGAGAAUCAAGGAUACAAAGCCAGGUGCGCCCUCAAAAAAGAUAAAGGGAAGACAGCAUCCUCCUUUUUGUCUCCUGAGAAGUCCCAGGGGUUGCCACGGAGACAGAGGCAGUGAAAAAGAGACAUCAGGACCCCUGCGGUUCAGUUUCUCCGAAGCUCCCAACCCCACCCUCACACUGCAACAGCUGGAAUGGAUGGGAGAUGCUGGACCCUGCCUGAGCGUCACCUAUGAACUGCAGAUCCAAUGGCAAGUCUCCCUAGUCAGGACAUCAAAGGUCAGUUCUGGACUGGGGCUGAGGAGGAUUCUGACGGGGACAAUGACUCUGAGGAGUUCCUGUAUGGGAUCCAGGGGAGCUGUGCAGCUGACCUGUACCGCCACCCCCAGCUGGACGCUGACAUCGAGGCAGUGAAGGAUAUCUACACGGACAGCGCCGUGUCCGUCAGGGAAUAUGGGACGAUUGACGAUGUGGACAUUGACCUGCAAAUUAACAUUGGCUUCUUGGAUGAGGAAGUGGCGACGGCCUGGAAGGUGAUCCGGACAGAGCCCAUUGUACUCCGGCUGCGCUUCUCCCUCUCCCAGUACCUGGAUGGACCAGAGCCAUCGGUGGAGGUGUUCCAGCCCUCAAAUAAGGAAGGCUUCAGCCUGGGCCUACAGCUGAAGAAAAUCCUCAGCAUGUUCAUGUCACAGCAGUGGAAACACCUGAGUAACGAGUUCCUGAAGGCACAGCAGGAGAAGAGGCACAGCUGGUUCAAGGCUGGAGGCACCAUCAAGAAGUUCCGCGCUGGGCUCAGCAUCUUCUCGCCCAUACCCAAGCUCUCGCCCAGAUCGCCCAGCUUCCCCCUGAUCCAGGACCCGGGUCUGAAGGGGAAGCUGGCGGUGCCCGAGCUGCGAGUGACCCGGCUCAUGAACCGCUCCAUCUCCUGCACCAUGAAGAACCCCAAGGGCGAGCUCUUCAGCUACCCGCCCAACAGCCAGACUGUGGCUGUCCCGGCGGCCAGGCCUCCAGCGCAGAUUACCACGAAGCAGCUGAUUGAAUUGUUUUUCUCAUCCCAGGCGGGAGGCCACUGCAAGAAUAUCCCUACCUUGGAGUAUGGCUUCUUAGUACAGAUCAUGAAGUACUCAGAGCAGCGGAUUCCCACGCUGAACGAAUACUGUGUGGUGUGCGACGAGCAGCAUGUCUUUCAGAACGGCUCCAUGCUCAAGCCUGCAGUGUGCACGAGGGAACUGUGUGUGUUCUCCUUCUACACUCUGGGAGUGAUGUCAGGAGCAGCUGAGGAGGUGGCCACUGGAGCAGAGGUAGUGGACCUGCUGGUGGCCAUGUGCCGGGCUGCCCUGGAGUCCCCCCGCAAGAGCAUCAUCUUUGAGCCCUACCCUUCUGUGGUCGACCCCAACGACCCCAAGACGCUGGCCUUCAACCCCAAGAAGAAGAACUAUGACAGGCUGCAGAAAGCCCUGGACAGUGUCAUGUCCAUACGGGAGAUGACACAGGGGUCGUAUUUGGAGAUAAAGAAACAGAUGGACAAGCUGGACCCCCUCGCUCACCCUCUGCUGCAGUGGAUCAUAUCCAGCAACAGAUCUCAUAUCGUCAAGCUGCCCCUCAGCAGGCAACUGAAGUUCAUGCACACGUCCCACCAGUUCCUGCUGCUCAGCAGCCCUCCCGCCAAGGAGGCCCGUUUCCGCACCGCCAAGAAGCUCUACGGCAGCACCUUCGCCUUUCAUGGUUCCCAUAUAGAGAACUGGCACUCCAUUCUGAGAAAUGGACUAGUCAAUGCCUCUUAUACCAAACUGCAGCUGCAUGGGGCAGCGUACGGAAAGGGCAUCUAUCUCAGCCCCAUCUCCAGCAUUUCCUUCGGAUACUCAGGGAUGGGGAAAGGUCAACACCGUAUGCCAACCAAAGACGAGCUGGUGCAGCGCUAUAACCGCAUGAACACCAUUCCACAGAGCCGUCCAAUACAGUCCAGGUUCCUUCAGAGCCGGAACUUAAACUGCAUUGCUCUUUGUGAAGUAAUAACAUCCAAGGACCUCCAGAAACAUGGCAACAUCUGGGUCUGCCCCGUGUCGGACCACGUCUGCACACGGUUCUUCUUUGUGUACGAGGACGGCCAGGUGGGAGACGCCAACAUCAACACCCAGGAGCCCAAGAUCCAGAAGGAGAUCAUGCGCGUGAUCGGGACUCAGAUCUACUCCAGCUGAGCUGAGGCUGUGGGGUACGGCCAGCAGGGGGCGCCGAGAGGCCUCGCGAGUCUGGAGCCUGCUGGACGGCUGGAGUUAAAAAAAGUGUCACUGCAGACACAGAUAGGCUUUCAGAAUACUUUCUUCAGUGGCCAGAAGGGAGAGCGAGCAGUGCUCUCCAUCUGUUUUCCUUUCAAUUUGCCUCUCCUCUAUUUACUUUCCCUCUGUUCUUAACGUCUAUUCUCUGACAAGCUGUAAUAGAACUUUUCUUCCUCAGACUUGUUGUGGGCCUCAGGCAUGGCGGAUAAUGUUGAGGAACUGAACUUCAGCCCUGCAGACUGAGCGAGGUAGAGGGAUGAAAUAUCUCCUCCGGAAGGCGUCUGUUUAGGUCAAAACAGAACUCUUUUGUAAGAGGGGGUCUGUGAAAGCACACGGCCUGCUCUCGCUGGCCUAAUGGAGGGAAAAGGCAGGAACUGGCCCCAGAGCGGAGUGAACAGCAGACUGCGGGCCUCCUGACCAGAAUAGACCUCUCACCGUGUCCCACGAAGAUGCAGCUCGGACAUCUCUGCCUCACAGUCCUGGCUUUGAGCCACCAGGCCGCUACACUCAUCCUUUUCUCCCUCCCUCUUUCCCUCUCUGCUGCGGCUGGAAAUCUCUUUUCAUCAUUUCCUCUUCAUUGAUAUCUAACACCCGUAAACGACGCAGUAAUUUCAGGCAAUUCAACGACGGCCGGCGACGUCCCGUCCUCAUUGGACUGGGGAUAAUGGAUGAACGCGUCUUUGUUUGUUCGCUCGUUAGCUCCGCGAGGAGGCGUUCCGGGGGUCCUCGGCCCGCCUCACACUCCGAAAAACCCGCAUCCCAUGAUUUAUUACGAGCGGAGGUCGUCGCGGCUCCUGCUCCCACAGUUGUUUCGCAAAUUAGAGCUGAUUUCCCUUCCGUGCUCGAGUACACACAGAGUGUCUGCAGACUCUGACUCUGUGACUGCAGAGUCUGAGCGAGGAGCAUUACCGCCGUCCCCGAGAGUGACUGCUCACACUGUGCAACAGCACAGCAAGGGCAGAGAGGGAGGAGCAGGUGUGUAACAGAACUGAGAUUCAUAUUAAAAUAUGCACUCUUCUUAUGUAUCCUUAUAUUUUUUCCCAUAGGACCUCGCUUGCAUAUUUUUACACACACACACACACACACAC